CGCCCCGGGGCUACCCCCGCCCGCGCGCGCCAGUUGGGGGGCCCGGGGAGCGGCGCCAGAGGCCCGGCCGCAUUGUGACGUAGAGGAGCCUCGGCAGCGCCUCCGCCGCUCGUCUGCUCUCACUGUGGCUGUUCCUGUUCCCGCCGCCGCCGUCCAUCUGUCCGUCUGUCAGUCCCGAGUCGCUGGCGCGCUUGGCAACCCGGAAAUCAUAAGUAUUUGAUCUUACUCAAAAUGUGCAAAGAAGAAUAAUGGAAGCCCCUGAAUAUCUUGAUUUGGAUGAAAUUGACUUUAGUGAUGACAUAUCUUAUUCAGUCACAUCACUCAAGACCAUCCCAGAGCUGUGCCGAAGAUGUGACUCGCAAAAUGAAGACAGAUCAGUUUCUAGCUCUAGCUGGAAUUGUGGAGUCUCAACUCUUAUUACAAACGCACAAAAGCCCACAGGAAUUGCUGAGGUAUACAGUAAAUUUCGCCCAGUGAAGCGAGUUUCCCCACUCAAACAUCAGCCAGAGACUCUAGAGAACAAUGAAAGUGAUGACCAAAAGAACCAUAAAGUGGAGUACCCCAAGGUGGGCGAGUCUGACCAGGGCCCCCCGCCUGAGGAGCUCAGCCCUGAAGAUGGAGUGGGAGGCUUGCCCAGUAAGAGCUCUGAGUCCAGCACUGCACUGGGCGAACUGGAACAUUACGACCUCGACAUGGAUGAGAUUCUGGAUGUGCCUUACAUUAAAUCCAGUCAACAGCUUGCCUCUUUUACCAAGGUGACUUCAGAAAAAAGAAUUUUGGGUUUAUGCACAACCAUCAAUGGCCUUUCUGGCAAAGCCUCCUCUACAGGAAGCACUGAGAACUCACCAUCCAGUAUGACCCCAUUCUGUGUUCUUUCUCCUGUGAAAAGCCCUCACUUGAGAAAAGCAUCAACUGUCCUCCGCGACCAGCACAAGCUCUCCACUGAAGAGUCUGAGAGCUCACCUCCUCUGGUUACAUGUGGCUCUGCAUAUGAGCCAGAAAUCCAGAAUAAAGACUUCUUAAACAAGGCCUUUAGUGACCUGCAUAGCCGAAAGAUUGAGAAGACAAUGCCGGACUGUCGGCUCCGGGGCUUCCACCUGCAAUCUGCAGAAACAGAAUCCAAACUGGAAGAGCCGGUCAAGGGCAUGAGCUGGACCAGCUCCCAAGGCCCAGAAGAAAGGAGUGAGUAUCUGAAAAAAGUAAAAAGCAUCUUGAACAUCGUGAAAGAAGGACAAAUAUCUCUCUUGCCACAUCUAGCUGCAGACAAUCUAGACAAAAUUCAUGAUGAAAAUGGAAACAACCUGUUACACAUCGCUGCAUCGCAGGGACACGCAGAAUGUCUCCAGCACCUCACUUCUUUGAUGGGGGAAGAUUGCCUCAAUGAGCGGAAUACCGAGAAAUUGACACCAGCAGGCCUGGCCAUCAAGAAUGGUCAGUUGGAGUGUGUACGCUGGAUGGUGAGUGAAACAGAAGCUAUUGCUGAACUGAGUUGUUCCAAGGAUUUUCCAAGCCUUAUUCAUUAUGCAGGCUGCUAUGGCCAGGAGAAGAUUCUGUUGUGGCUUCUUCAGUUCAUGCAAGAACAAGGUAUCUCGCUGGAUGAAGUGGACCAGGAUGGCAACAGUGCUGUUCACGUCGCCUCACAGCACGGCUACCUCGGGUGCAUCCAGACCCUGGUGGAGUAUGGAGCAAACGUCACCAUGCAGAAUCACGCUGGGGAAAAGCCCUCCCAGAGCGCUGAACGUCAGGGGCACACCCUGUGCUCCCGGUACCUGGUGGUGGUCGAGACCUGCAUGUCACUAGCCUCACAGGUGGUAAAGUUAACCAAGCAGCUAAAGGAACAGACAAUGGAGCGAGUCACACUGCAGAACCAACUCCAGCAACUUCUAGAAGCCCAGAAAUCAGAGGGCAAGUCUCUCCCUCCCUCACCCAGCUCACCCUCCUCACCAGCUUCCAGAAAGCCCCAGUGGAAAUCUUCAGACGCUGAAGAUGAGUCUACAGCCAAAAGCAAACCAGGAGUCCAAGAAGGGAUUCAGGUCCUUGGAAACCUGUCAGCAUCCAGCCGAGCUAGGGCCAAAGCAAAAGACGAAGAUUCUGAUAAAAUCCUGCGCCAGUUAUUGGGAAAAGAAAUCUCAGAGAACGUUUGUACCCAAGAAAAGCUGUCUUUGGAAUUCCAGGAUGCUCAGACGUCCUCUAGAAACUUGAAAAAGAUCCCUCUAGAGAAGAGGGAACUCAAGUUAGCCAGGCUGAGGCAGCUGAUGCAGAGGUCACUAAGUGAGUCUGACACAGACUCCAACAACUCUGAGGAUCCCAAGAACACCCCUGUGCGAAAGGCUGACAGGCCCCGGCCGCAGCCCAUUGUGGAGAGCGUGGAGAGUAUAGACAGCACAGAAAGCUUACACCUGAUGAUAAAGAAGCACUCCUUGGCAUCAGGACGCAGGUUUCCUUUUAGUACCAAGGCCUCUAAAUCCCUAGAGGGCCACAGCCCAUCUCCCACCUCAGAGAGCAGUGAACCAGACUUGGAACCCCAGUGUCCAGUCUCGGGGAACACUCCUCCAAGCCAGCCCUCUGGAGAGCCCACUCAGUGCAGCCCUGACAGCACUGCGGCCCAGAAGGUCGCCAUGAGUCCCAAGAGCGCCCUCAAGUCUCCCUCUUCCAAACGCCGGACAUCUCAGAACUUGAAACUCAGAGUUACCUUUGAGGAGCCUGUGGUGCAGAUGGAGCAAACUAACCUCGAACUGAAUGGAGAAAAAGACAAAGAUAAGGGCAGGACCCUCCAGCGGACCUCCACAAGUAGUGAAUCAGGGGAACAACUGAAAAGGCCUUUUGGAACCUUUCGGUCCAUCAUGGAGACGCUGAGUGGCAACCAGAACAAUAAUAACAACUAUCAGGCAGCCACCCAGCUGAAGACCUCUACGUUGCCCUUAACCUCACUUGGAAGGAAGAUGACAGAUGCCAAGGGAAACCCUGCGAGUUCUGCUAGCAAAGGAAAGAAUAAGGCAGAGAUGUACAGCAGCUGCAUCCAUCUUUCCUCUAACACGCUGAUUGAAGAGCAUCUGCGUAACUAUGCACGACAUAAUGACAUCAAUAGAACAGUGAAGAAAUCUUACAGCAUAAAGCACAUUGCUGAGCCAGAGUCAAAAGAACUCUUUUUGUAAAGCCCUUUUCUAUUCUCUCUCACUGAUGCCCUUUGGACACCAUUGGAAAUUACUGGACUAUCCUCUGUGGAAACAGAACCACAAGAACAAUGCCUCACCAGCCGAAGAACAGAAUAUCAGGAUGCCUUAAAUUUAUAUUAGAGUAUGUCAUAUACAUUUUUGGGUGAUAUCUGUGUAUAUAUAUAUAUAUAUAUAUAUAUAUAUAUAUAUAUAUAUAUAUAUAUCUUGUUUUUCACAAGAUGCUGUUUAAAAGCAUGACUGUUUUUAACGUAUGUAUGUUUUUAACGUUGGAUUGGCACCCCGUGCACAGGACAUUCACCAAGCCACUGACACUGUCUUGGAUUUCAACAGUUGCAUGAGUAUUCGCUAAUGUUGGUUGAACUUCCCUUCUCCCUUAACAUGGGCAGUGUUGGCUCUGUUCCUCAAUGAGACCAGGUCAGUGGUAUUGUUUUCUGUCACGAGUGUUUUUUCUGUCAUUUCUACUUUUUGUAUAAAGGAAAGAAAAAAAAACAAUGUUAACAGCCACCUAUAAGCUUGGGGCACCAACUUUCUAAUAAAUCUGUGAUGUUCUGAUUUCUAAGGGACUUUGAAAGUAUUUUGAUUGCUGAUAUUUGAUUUCAAGAACAAACUGCUCGGUUUAACUGUUUUCCCAUAGGGGUCAAAUAAAACAUUCUAUAUUUCAUUAAAUACUAAAGGACAAGUAAAGUAAAGUAAGCCAAUCCUUCUGCUUUCCCAGAUCUUGGCACUGACAUGGGAAAAUACAAAUGACAACCAAGGAUUUAGUCCCUUCUUGGGUCACUUUUUUCUUUUGCUUCCAACACAUUAUAAGCCUUGUCUAAUCCCUUUAGGAGACAGUGUGGAGCCCCAGUUCAUAAGAGGCUUGUUGUUGAUGCAGCUCUUUCAAUCCAUGUAAGCAGUAAGUUCCAAAAGGUUUCAUCUUAUCAUGUAAAAAUAUAUUUCUGUUGAAACUUCAAGAGUCUUAUUUUCAAUGCAUUGGCAUGGCCUAUAAGAGGUCUGACAAGUUUUAGUUUGAAAGUAGAAUGUAUUCUUACCAGUAGGAGGGAGCACAGUGUUCUAGCAAUGUUAGGUAGUCUCAUGUGGACCAUUUUGCAACCCGGUAUGCAGAGCAGACUGAAUCCAGAGGCAAUCUUCCCUGUGUGGAUCAGCCUGGGGUUGAUGAGAUGCAGUGAGGUAUGAAAGAAGGUUUUAAUAUUUGAGUGCCUUUGAUGUACCAAACACUAUUAUGUGGUGAUGCCACUACUUGCAUUUUAUAGAUUUUAAAAUUAAACUUAAGCAAGUUUAAGUCCUGUGUCCGAUGUAACACUUCUAGUAAAUAGCAUAGCUAGGCUUUGGUACAAUUUUGCUCAUGAGCCCACUUCAUUAUCCUGUCUGUUCUACACUAUGCUACACUAGUGCAUUGACUAAUACACAGGGGCAUGAAUUCUGGAGUUGGCUCUACUUCCAGAGGACUCUUCAGUCUUGGACUGGGGACAGGGCCUCCUCAAGAAACCUGGAAAAGGGCAAGAUUGGCCUACAUGCACAUCUAGGAGGUAGUUUCCUUCCAACUUAGAGAGCAACAUGUCAAUGGAUUUUAGCCAGCUGGCUCUGUCCUUGUUUGGGCCCUGUAAAUUCCUGCUAUUAGAGCCUGGUGCCAUGUGUACUUCUGCGUUUCUCACAGUCUUGUUCUCAAAUAAGAGACCAUAUCUCAGAUUUUGGUCCUUUGGCUUCAUGUACCCUCUUUGAUUGAUCCUCAUAUUUCAUGGUUCUCUCCUGUUGCUCGAGAUUCUAAUAAGAGAAUAUGUGGCAAGCCCAUAGCAUUUCCUGUGGUUUUUGCUUGGUUCAGAGGUGACAUGAGUCACAUAAUGGUGACUUUUAGGACUGGGCCCAGAUGGGACCUGCAAAGAUAAGGGACUCAAAUAGUGCUCACCCUGUCCCCAGGAGGUCCCAGUUUGGUUCUGAAACUGUGUUCUUAGAAGUGAAAGAUGAAGGGAUCUGGGCACUCUACAGAGAUUGUCUAAGCAAGACAGAUGGAUCCAUUAAACAUAGCAAAGAAAAUUCUAAGAGUUUAAAAGACAUUACCUGACAAUUCAACUGUUUGAUGCCAAUAACAUAUUAGACCCCACAGUAUUUUUUUAAUAUUUAUUUUUUAGUUGUAGCUGGACACAAUAUCUUUAUUUAUUUAGUUUUAUGUGGUGCUGAGGAUUGAACCCAGGGCCUUACACAUGCUAGGCAAGCACUCUACUGCUGAGCCACAAUCCCAGCCCUAGACCCUACAGUAUUAAGUAAAGAAGAGCAAAGAAUAAAAUAGGUAAAAUAUAAAAGUUGAACAGAUUCAAAUUGGCCAGACUGCAAUACAGGGCUUUCUAUGUAUAAUGAUGUUGCUAAGACACUAAAAAUGCUGGCCAUUAAAUUACACGUGUACAGUAUCUUUACUGUCCAGGUUCCUUAUGAAAUGGAUAAAUUGUGGUUACUUGAAAUUGAUAGAGAUGAGGAUUUUCUUACCACAAACUUAGUCUUCUGUGGCAUUUUAAAAAUGAAAACACAAACUUAUUUUUCUAUAGGAAUUGAAACACAUUUACAUGUUAAAGAAAAAGAGUGGGAUUCCUUUCAGUAAGUAGAGCUUUGUGGCUCCUGCCCAACUCCCUCCCAUUGGGCUAAUAAAAUGAGUAAAGCUCUAUCUGCGUGCCUAAUUACAUGCAGCAGAGUGGGAAACUCAGUUCCAGUGUUAAAAAAAAAAAAUCACAACAUCUGUCAGCAUCUUUUAAAGAUUGGCUUCUUUAAUGUCUCUAAAGAGAUUUGUAUUUCCAAAGUUCAACACAUCAAAUUAAGAAUGUUUCUUAGAAAAGAUAACAAGACACCAAACCAUCACCACUUUGAACAGAUUGAAUUUCCAUUAUUUAUUCUCAUUAAACAUUAGUAUCAAGAUUUUGAUCCUAACAAAGUUCUGGAUGUGCAUCAUGGGUUGGGACUAGGGAUGCGACUCUCAAAGGAUAUCUUCAAGUAAGAUUUUGAGAAAAUUUUCUCCAAAGUGGAUAAUCAGAAACAACAUGAUGAUACAGGAUAAAGAAAAUAACUAUAAAAAUACUCAAUUUCUGUGAUACAAAAAAAUAUUUAAUUUCCUCGAUACACAAUGGGUUUAGGUGUUUUCUUCCAUGCCCAGUGUAUUCUUGAGACUGAGAUCAGUUGAUAAAGCUAAGGAAGAAUAAGAAAUUUAUUUCAAGAGUUGGUACCAUUUCCACCCCUCCCCCAUAAAAAUGGAGUUCACCCUCUCUGUCUACUGCUCAUAACACUCAUUUUUGAUGGGCCAAACUUUAUGUCCUGUGUUACCUUUAUUUCCCUUUUUUCUUUACUGCAUAGUUUUACAUGACUUUUCCAGCACUUGAUUCCCAUGUCCUAGUGGGAUGAGAAGUUCAUUGAUCUCAACAGCAUCUCAACAUCACUUCUCAUAGAUGGUGGUUAGUAAAUACCUGCUAAUGAUUUUUUCAACCCAUGUAUCUGUUUUUCUUUUCAUUUCUUCCUCAGUUUUCUUUUUCCCCUUUCUCUCCUUUUCUUCCCUUGUGUCUUUCUCCCACUUCCAUUCUCUUCCUAUGUUCUCCCCUCCCUUACAUUCUUCCCUCCCUUCUUUUAUUUCCCUCACUCUUCUCUACCCUCUGUUCAUAAAAAUCUCAAAACCUCACAUACAGGAUCUUCCUUGAAAGAAUACUGGCAAAGGAAUUACAGGAAGUAGAAUCAUGCCAGACCCAGGUAUUUUACAAAAACAAAGUGAGUCGCCACUCCCUCCUGGCCGUGCAUGUAAGUAGAAGAAGCAUCUUUCUGUAUGCUGAUGAAUUCAGCAAAUGGUGAUUGAGCCCAUACCAGGCACUUUGCUGGGUACUCCUCUUGAUUAUCAACAUGCCCAGAUGUCCUGGAAACUAGGAAUGGCCUUGUGACCCAAUCUGGGGUCAAUAAAAGAUAAGUAAAAUUCCUAGAGGGGGUUCAAGAAAUAUUGUACAGUAAGAAGUUUACCUGACACUAAUAUUUUGUGCCUUGUACAUCACUCUUCUUUCUCUCUGGUGUAGAACACAGACUGUUUAGUCUUGAGGAUAAAAAUCUCAUGCCAAGAAGUAGAAAAUAGGAAGGAAUCUGUUUCUUGAGCACCUGUACAAGCUCUGAACUGUACCCUAUAUUAUUUGUUGAGUAAAAAUAAACUCUCUUAAUGGAUUAAAUCACUGAUAUCUGACUUGGCAUAGGACUAGCCAAAUAUAAAACCUAGUGUUCAUACUCAGUUGACAGAGUAUACAUGCAUGUCAUUGAAAUAAAGCAGCAUUGCACGUCACUGUAUUCUAUUUACUGCCAAGUCUGGGGGACAUUUGGUUGUGCUCUAUGAUUAAAAUAUGUUUUGCUGGUUAGAUGAACAGUGCAUACAAAAUCCUAUACAACCAUGUGAAACCACCCUCUGAAACAAAAGAUAUGUUCCCCAAGUGCUGACAGUACUGAAAGCCCAAAGCCCUCAUGUGUUAACCUUCUCUAAGAAUCACCCUUGGCUGAAGAGAACACACCCUUGCCCAAGAGCAUACCCCUUCCUCAGGCAACCUGUAUGCAAUGACUGGUCAGUAUGGAAAUACACAGGUCCAGCCCUUCACCCAACUCUGGACAACUCCAAAGAGCCAUCUCAACUUAAGAACUAAUCAUGGGUUUGGCCCAGCUUCUUCCUCUGCCUAAUCCCAUUUCCUUACCUUUUUCCUCUUUUCCUUUCAUAAAUGUUGAUCCCAAGAGCCACUGCAAUAUAAUUCCUGCACACUAAUCUGGAUGUCAUAAUCUAUUUACCAGGAAAUUCCAUCUGUGACAGAAUUUUAGCAUGAUCAAGUAUUGAAGAAGUCCCAGAGUAGGACAGAAACUUGUUUAGUUGUGUUUGGUGCUUAAAGUGAUGUGUGUAUCAGAGGACUCUUCUUUAAAAAACACCUCACACAUCCCUCAAAGUGGUUUAUCUCUUAAUAUUUUGAGGACAUACUGUAAUCGAUUUCAGAUCAUUAUAUCUAUGUGGAAUUUAGACCAUUCUCCCAUUAGGAAGGUCCAGGGUCAAGCCAAAAUAUGUGUAUUAGGGAAGAACUAUUUAGACAAAUUUCAAAGAAAUGCAGUUAAAGUUAUAUUCUACUUGAGUAUAAUUUCAUUUGUUUGGUAACAAU